AUGUGCGCCGAGCUGUACGGGCGCGAGUACGCGCUGUUUGAGGGCGUCGGCGGCGACGCGCCGCUCGCGGGGCAGGUGGCCCACCUGCGACAGCUGCUGGACUCUGCGACCCCGGCCAAGCGCAAGGCGGUGCUGCAGCACCUCACGCGCUGCCUGCAGCCGGUCCUGGAGAAGGCGCUGCUGCACCCGCCCAUGACUCACAGGCUGAUACGGGAGUUGCUGGAGGCCGCCCCAGGCAGCGUGGUGGCCGACACCGUCGACACGCUGGCCGCCACGGGCGGCAGCGUCCUGAAGAUGGUGCACACCCACGACGGCGCGGCCGCGGCCUGCAUGGCGCUGGCGUACGGCUCGCCGCGCGACAGGAAGCGGCUGGUCAAGGGCAUGAAGGGCUACGUGUGGCAGAUGGCGGAGAAUGAGUGGGGCAACGCGGUGGUGGCGACAGCGCUCAGCGUGGUGGACGACACCUCGCUCACAGGCAAGGCCGUCGUGGGGGACAUCAAGGGGCUGGCUGAGAGCCCCGCGCCGCGCCGCCGCGUGCACACCUCCAAGCUCGAGGACUACCUUGCCCACCGCCACGCGCGCCGCGUGCUGCUGCAGCUGCUGGCACCGGACAGCGGCCGCUACCUGCCGCCCGCAACCAUGGAGAUGCUGCGCCCGCCGCGCCGCACCGUGCUCGAGGCCGCCAACAAGGGGGCGGCGGGCGGCGACAGCGACGAGGAGGCGGAGGAGGGCGCGCAGCAGGGGCAGCAGCGGAAGAAGAAGCAGCAGCAGGGGAAGAAGAAGCAGGGGCAGCAUGAAGAGGGCGAGGAGGAGGCGGGCGAUGGCCAUCAGCAGCAGCAGCAGGAGAAUGGCGGCGGCGAGGGUGAGGGGCAGCCGCAGGAGAUGGUGGAGAGGGUGCUGGGUGAGAGCAAGAAGGACCCCGCGGCGCGCCGCGCCGAGCUGCUCGGCGCGGGCCCCGACGGCCUCGGCGCGCUGCUCGCGCGCGCGGUCGCGGCGCGCGCGGGGGAGCUGUUGCGGGGGCAGGCGCUGCGGCGGCUGAUCCUUGCGUCGACAGAGGAGGGCCCCGGCGGCGACGGCGCACGGGCGUUUGUGCGCGCGCUGUGGGGCGGCGCCCUGCGCGGGCGCUGCCAGCACUGGGCCGGCGGGCACGCGGACAAGGUGCUCGCCGCGCUGGUGGUCUGCGGCGAGCGGGACGUGGCGGCAGAGGCGUCGGAGGAGCUGCGGCCGCUAGUCGAAGGGGACCUAGACAGCUGGGUCACCAAGCACGGCGGCAGCGGGCCGCCGGGCGCCGAGGGCGGCGGCGCGGCGGCGGCGGUGGCUGCGAAGCGGAAGGCCGGCGCGGCGGGGCGGAAGCCCGCAGCCAAGGAGGGCGGCGGCAGUGCUGCAGCGCCAGCCAAUGGUGCGGCGGCAAAGGGAAGCGGCAAGGCAGAGCAGCAGCCAGCGGCCAAGAAGGCGCGGAGAAAAAAGGGCUGA